UUGACUUCUUCUCUCAUUAAGUACUUCCGUGUGAAUUCGAAAAUCAACACUUGAAUAUAGGAUUCGAUGUCGUUUGUGUGUUUAAUGAGAUAAUUGCUAGCUGAUCUUUUAAUUGUGGAUAUAUGAUAGACUAACACAAAAUGAAUCCUCCGUGUGCAAAAUGUACCAAGAUUGUUUAUCCGACAGAAAAACUGAAUUGUUUGGACAAGAUAUGGCACAAAGGAUGUUUCAAAUGUCAGUCGUGCAACAUGACAUUAAAUAUGAAAAACUACAAGGGUUACGACAAACUUCCAUACUGCAAUGCACAUUAUCCAACCACAAAACACACACAAGUAGCUGAUACACCAGAGAACAGACGAAUAAAAGAUAAUACCAAAAUACAAAGUAAUGUACAAUAUCACAGUGAUUUUGAGAAAGCCAAAGGUUCCUACACUCAAGUCUCUGAUCGACUAGACUUAAAACAGCACCAACGCAACACUGAAAAUAUUAGUAUGAUAGCAUAUCAUAAGGAUUUUGAAGAAGGAAAAGGGAGGUACAUACAAAUUGAAGAUCCUGUUGAGAUGAGACAGCAUUUGAAAAACCAGGAAAACAUUAGCUUGAUUAAAUAUCAUGAAGAAUUUGAGAGGUCCAAAGGAGCUAUAAUGCAAGUUCCAGACACAGUGGAAAUGCAACGACAUAAGAAAAAUGUUGAAAAUUUCAGUUUGGUUAAAUAUCAUGAAGAUUUCGAGAGACAAAAAGGAAAGAAGAUGACAGUUGUUGAUGACCCUGAGACUCAGCGUGUUAGACAGAAUACACAGAACUUCAGUCAGGUGGCAUACUCUGGACAUAGGGAUCAACUUAGAGACAUGGAGUACAAAAGACCAGCUGAGCAAGUCAAUGUUCGUAGAAGUUCUCACCCAUCUAGUCCACCACAAUCACCAGGAUUUCAAAAUGAAGUUAAGCAGCGUAUCAGUGCCACAAGCCCUCCUCGCUCACCAGGAUAUAGGGACCAGCAAGAAGUUAGGCGUACUAGUGCAACCAGUCCCCCACAAUCACCAGGAUAUAAUAGGGACUAUCAAGAAGAUGUUCGUGUGCGCCCAAAUCCAGGAAGUAUUCAUAACUAUGACCCAGUUAGAGACCAACAACAAAACCAAGGAACACCAUACUCGUCAAGAAACUCUGGAGCUGUAGUUUAUGAUUCUAACACUGGAAGAGGAUUAGAUAAUAAUUUUAAUGCCAAGGUACGGCCAUUCUAUCAACAUCAUGAUAAUAUGGAAAAUCCCUCUUCACAAAGACGUGUUGGUUCCAUUUCGGAUUAUGACCCAAUUAACGACAGAUGGGGAUCAGUAACAGGACAGUUUUCUGCAGGAACUCAACAACCAAGACAACCACCCCCACCACAACAAUUUGCCCAGCCACCACCACCACAAGAAGCAGAUAGAUUCUCUGGAAAAGGAAUGGUUUGCCGUGCAGCAUAUGAUUACGUGGCUGCCGAUGAUGAUGAAGUCAGUUUUAAUGAGGGUGAUCACAUCAUAUUCUGUCAACCAAUUGAUGCUGGUUGGAUGGAGGGUACAGUGGAAGCAACGGGAAGACGUGGUAUGCUCCCGUCAAAUUAUGUGGAGACGGUCAAAAAGUAGAAGACAGAUUACUUAUUUCUAGCUAAACAUUUAUAAAAUUUUGAGUUACCUCCCCUGUUAUGCUUUAUCAUGUUAUUUUUGUUAUAUUGAUUGUCUGUUUGUCAGUUUCAGAUACUUUAAAUAUAGCUCAUUAUAACUAUUGCAUAUUUUAUUUAGGUGCUUUGAUAAAGGGAGAAAGUUGGAAAUGUAUUAUUUUGUAAGAAAAUGUGUUAUGUUAAUUGAAAGUUAACAUGAUCAAAAUCAGAGAUUUAUUAUACAUAGUGAGUGUACACAUAGCCCUUCAAGACUCUUGCUUGUUUGAAUUAGUCGAUGUUUGAUAUAAUAAAGAGUAAAAAAGAGCAUGUUUGAUAUUGCUGUUAGUUUUCCAAUUUAAUCUAAAAAAAGAAAAAAAGAAUUCAUUUAUCAUAUUUCCAAGUAGAUAUAUACAUACAUAAUAAUAUCAAUCAGUAUUCUUGUAGAGCUAGAUUCUUGUUUUUUUCGCUGUAACUGUAUUAUUUGGAAAGAUGAAAGAUUUUAAACGAACAGAUUUUUUUCUGUAGUGGUAUAUUACUGCUUUAGCAUGGGAAAAUAACUGUAAUAUGAAAUUCAGUAUUGUAGAUUACUUCUAAAUCAAAUGGCCUUCUUAAUGUUCAAAGCUUUUGCAAAGCAGCUUGCUGUUUGGAUUUUGGCCGAUUUCAUUAUGGGCAUUCAGGUCAUGAUAAUAUUUGGACAAUCGUAAUUUUUAGAGAUUGAAUGGUUAUGUGUUAUCUCUGUUUACUGGGUUGUAUGUAUGGUUUUAUUUGUAUAAAAGUAGUAAUAGUUUAUUCAAGUCAUAACCAGAAAGAUUUUGUUUAUUAAAUAUUUUUAAAGACUCCCAUUUAUUUGAAUAAAUAUUAAGUGUAAUUCAUUCUUAAAAGUUUUUACAUUGAAAAAACCUGACUGAGCAGUUAAAGUUAAUUAUUAUAAUUAUAUGAUAAGGUAUUUAGUAUAUAGAGUUGUAAAAGAUGUCUCUGUCUUAUUUUGUCAGAUUCAUAGUGUGAUGCAUAUGUUAGAAAAUAUAUAAUACUUUUUCAUUGGUUUUCGGACUAACAAUUUUAUGGAAAAAGGCAUUAUGUCUCAAACAAUGUGUAUGAUAUCUAUGUUUUAAACUUAAGAAAUAUACCAGGGAGAAAAUACUCUUAUACAUUGGUGAAUUGUUGUCUUGUUUUCACAUAUUCUUGUCCUGACAUAAUUAUACUGUUUAUCAGUCAGCGUUUUUUUUAGAAUUUUUAAUGUUUUAUAUUGAGAUUUUAAUGUUGUAAACAAAACCAGUAAUUGUACAGAUUUUAAGAUACACCAUUAAAGAAAUAUGUAAUUUUAUUCCUUGAGUAAGAGUUUCAGAAUGAUUAAAGAGAUAAAAUAUGGAUAAUGUUUUGGUCUUUGCUUUUAAUGAAAAAAAUUCAUAUUGAAAUUAUCAUUCUGAAAUUUGGAUCUUAACAGAAUGCAUAUACCAUUUAUUUAAAGAUUUGUUGUCUGUUGUUAAUUUUUACAAGUCCAAUAUUUGAAAAAAAUAUUUAGUGCAUUUAUUUGGUUUAUAGACAGACCAUUGAAAGGCUUAAAAGUUCUUGACAUAAUUUAUUAAUAGGUUACAUAUCAUCAGUGUAUGAGCUUUGCUUCCUUAUAAUUAAAGCUGUACUUAAGUGACUAGAUAGCCAGCCAUGUCCUACAUUCACAAACUAUGCACGAAAACUUUCAGUAAAAUGAACCAUCAUUUUCUUUUAGAUAUUUAUUUAGGAAAGCAUAUUCCAAUUCAAAAAACUUAAAACGUUUGUUAUAUAUUAGAUUUUAAUAUUCAUUACAGGUUGUUUCGAAGAUGCCAUACAUUUAAUUAUUUUAUAAAUAUCUUAAGCAACUGGCAAUUUUAUUAUUCUCAUUUUCAUUGCCUUGCGUCAGACUAAUUAUAGGGAUAUAAGACUUAUUAUUUUCCUUGCUUUUUCUCCAGUGGUCUUUAUAUCCAAACCUCUAUCUACAUUUUAAUUAAUCUUCUAUCAGUUACUUUUGUGAUAAGGAUAUAGGAAGAUGUUUAUAGUGUUUUUAUCUUCAGUUUUGAUUUUUCAUGUUAGAUUGUUUAGUAGAGUUUAGAAUGAAGUACUGCAUUUGUAAGCAUAACACACCAAUUUGUAAUUAUAAAUUAUAUUAUAAAGCAGAGUUGUUUGAACCAGUUUAUAUUUGCUGAGCAUUAAUGGUGCAUCAUAUUGAAUGCAGUUUAUAGAAAGUAAUAAGCCAGAAUUCACAUAACGGUUCAUAUCUCAACUCUACAGGCCAGUGUUAAUUAUAACAAGAAAUAAUGAAAUUAAUUGUUUAAAGCAGGGUACUUAGUUAAAACUUUAAAUUAUUUCAGUCAAAAUCUAAAACUGAACAAAAUUGUUUGGUAUAUUAGAAUUUUAAAGUGGUAGUUUAAGAAAUUACUUUAAAAAUAUUGAAAUAUCAAAUUUACAUUUAAAUUUUCGAACAAACAGUUGUUCACUUUGGUCAGGUGAAAAUGAGCACGUUUAACAGCUUUUGACAGGAUAACUGGACUGUGUAAAUAAGCUUAUUGUAUUAUAGCAGUGUAGUCAACUGUACUGCAAAUAAAGUUAUAUUGUUAUCCUAGA